GCGUGUCUAAGCGAAGGCACGGCAGCAGGUUUGACAGGUCGUGUGACGAGGUAAGAGUCAUAAACACCAUGCCUGGGGAGUAAAGGGCAGGUUUGAGCAGAUGAGGGUGUGAUCCCUCUGUGAUAGGUUGACUGGGACUGCUGCCAGACAGAUCACAAGUGACAGACAGGCAAACAGGAAGAAUGUCUCACAAUGUUAACUUGGAUCUGCAACUGCACCACCUAGAAGCUGGACUGGAGAGUCCGCUUGAUGAGGAAGGGGUUCAUGACUCAUUCAGUCAGCUGAUAGCAGAGCAGACGCAGGAUAAAGGACUGUCAGAAGCACAGGAGCUGCAACAGCUACAGAGAGAUUUAGAAGAGGAGGGUGAAGAUGGUGUGGCCCACCUGUCCAGUCAAGGACAUGAUGUCUGGGGAGGGAGGCUUAGGCAGAUGGAAGCAGAUGAGGAGGGGGAGGAGGCAGACCAGUACGAUCCCUUCAUUGGUGAACGUUGGUCCUCAGCCACCUUGAAAAUCCUGUCCUCCAUGCCCAGUCGCACUAUCGGCCGCAAUAGGGGUGCCAUCAUCUCUCAGUAUUACAACAGGACCAUGCAGCUCAGGAGACGCAGGCAGAGCAGACCACCCAUUCAAGACCUCUCCCGCUCAGCCAGACCCAGCAUACGAGGCUAUGGAGUGGAGUCGGACAGCAUAGAGGCCGACGAAGAGGUGAGCAAAAGGGACCGCCUGGUGAACAACCUACAGAACCUGUCAGUGAGUGACAGGGUCAGGAUGCUCAGAGCCAUGCCCCUCAGUGUAGCGGAGAAGAGCGAACUCAGGAGGUUAGCAUUACGAAAAGGCAGGCGGUCAUUGUCUCGCAGCCAGAUCCCCUGUUGCAGUCAACUCAAGUAUUACAUCAUCAUCGCUGUGAGACAGAGUUGGUACAGCUGGCUGUCCUUCCUGCACUCCCUUCAGCUGUGGCAGGUGGCGCUCAAGAGAGUGAGCGGGCGUUUUGGCACCGGCGUCCUCUCGUACUUCCUAUUCCUCAAGACCCUCCUCUUUUUCAACCUCUUCCUCUUCCUGGUGACUAGUGUGUUUCUUGUGCUGCCCCAGGCUGUUCAUCCUCCUAAACUGCCCCAGAGCCAAGUCUCUUUCACUGGUCUGGAGGUCUUCACCGGCCAGGGCUACUUUUCGAACUCUGUGAUGUACUAUGGCUACUACAGUAACUUCACUCUCAACAAGAGCUGCCGUGGUGGUAGCCAAGGGCAAAAUUCCACUGUGCUCAACACCACAAGGUUAGAUUGUGGGUCACCGCGCCUUUCCUACAACAUGCCACUGGCGUACUUCUUCACCAUAGGAAUGGCAUUCUUCAUCACAUGCAUCAUCCUUGUAUACAGCAUGUCACAUUCCUUCGGCCAGAGUUUUCGUAUUCAGCAGUCUCAUGGUUUGUUGGCCAUGAAGGUCUUCUGCUCCUGGGACUUUAAGGUCAUCAAGAAGACCUCUGUCAAGCUCAUGUCUGGGAACAUCUGCACCCAGCUGAAGGAGCUGCUGGCAGAGGUGAAUCAUAAGCAUGUCAAAAAGUCGGUGUGCCAGAGGCUGUGGAGGUUGACUGUCCACGGCCUGGCUUGGGUUAUUUGCAUAGGCAGCACAGUAGCCUGUGUGCUGGCUAUUUACUACUUCUCUGAAGAAAUGCACAAGGACCUCCAACAAAGGACGCGUUCCAGCAAUGAAGACCCCAUGUUAAAGGAAGCCAGCCUGCUGGCUCUCCCUGUGGUGGUGUCCCUCAUCAACCUGCUGCUGCCAGGCCUGUUCAACUUAGCAGCCUGGAUGGAAGAGUACGACUCGCCCAGUAUACGCACACACGUUGCCAUCUUCAGAAACCUGAUGCUGAAAGUGAGCGUGCUCGGAGUGCUUUGCUACCACUGGCUGGGUAGAGUGGCUGUUGAACCAGAGAGUAUUGGCCUGCAGUGUUGGGAGAGUUUUGUCGGACAGGAACUUUAUCGUUUUCUGCUCAUGGACUUCAUCUUCACUGUGCUGGACACCUUUUUCGGGGAGUUUCUCUGGAGGUUGUUUUCAGAGAGGGCAUUAAAUAGAAGGAGAAAGCCAGUGUUUGACAUUGCCAGGAACGUCCUGGAACUCAUCUAUGGACAGACAUUAGCUUGGUUGGGUGUUCUCUUCACUCCUCUUUUGCCUGUAGUUCAGGUUGUCAAACUCCUGCUGCUCUUCUAUAUCAAGAAGGGAAGUGUGAUGCUUAACUGUCAGGCUCCAAGGAAGCCGUACAGAGCCAGCCAGAUGACCACUGUCUUCAUCACUCUGCUCUGCUUCCCCUCUUUCCUGGGUGCCUCUGUGUGUGUCACAUACACUAUGUGGCGCAUCACUCCCUCCUCAUCCUGCGGGCCCUUCCAGGGUCUCCGCACCAUGUUCCAGUCUGGGAAGCGUUGGGUUGAAGAGCUGGAGAGAGGGAACCGGAAACUGAGCUGGCUGGUCUGGGUGCACACCUAUCUGGUGGAAAACCCAGUUUUUCUUUUUGUGGCUGCAGGCAUCUUUUUGCUAGUCAUCUAUUUCCACACGCAGGUGGUGGAUGGCCAGAGGAAGAUCAUCAGCCUGCUACAGGAGCAGAUGGAAAAUGAGGGGGAGGAUAAGAAGUUUCUGAUAACCCGCCUGCAGGCCAUCCAUGAGCGGAAGCACACAUCUCCUCGCCACCUCACCAGGCAGGUGGGUCUAAACACUCUGGGGUUCCUUACAGUGGCUCUGAUUUGAGGGUUGAUGCAAAUAUGUGACUCUGCCUGUUAAGAUCCCACACGUUCUCCCAUUAGCUGAAGCUAUCUUCUUACCACAAUUUGAGGAUCUUCUUUUAUAGUAUCAUUGUAAUACAACUGGAAACAAAAACUGGAUACUUAAUGGCUUCUUAAUCCUUCCGCCAGCAGUUAAAUUAGAAACUACAACUCCCCUGCAAUUGAAUUCAUGACUUUUUUUUAUAUUUGAAAUCAUUGUAAAAUUGGGGCGUCUGGGUGCCAACCUGGGGAUCGGUGCUUUGAAUCCCCGUGUUGCCUCCGACUUGGUCGGACGACCCUACAAACACAAUUGACUGUGUCUGCGGGUGGGAAGCCGGAUGUGGCUAUGUGUCCUGGUCGUUGCACUAGUGCCUCCUCUGGUCGGUCGGGGUGCCUGUUCUGGAGGGAGGAGGAACUAGGGGGAAUAGCAUGAUCUUCCCACGCGCUACGUCCCCCUGAGGAAGAAUGUUGUAGUCUGCAGCCCUCCCCGGAUCGGCAGAGGGGGUGGAGCAGCGACCAGGACGGCUCGGAAGAGUAGGGUAAUUGGCCGGAUACAAUUGGGGAGAAAAAGAAACGACGACAACAAAAAAAUUAAAAAUUGGGAGUGGAGCGUGGAAGGUAGGGAAGCUAAAUAUCUCAUAGGAAACAACCACUGAGUUUAUGUCUUCAUAUUAACGCCCAGCUGUCUUUGGUAUAGUCUACUGUUUGAGAGGACGUUCAUGCUCUUAAAGUAAUCCUUCAUAGCGUCAAAGUGGUGGUGGAUAUAAUUACUUUUUUUUUUUUUUUUUAGUCCAGUGCUUUGAGCAAGGAGGGAUUGGAUUUGAGGGAAUCAAAGGGAGAAGAGAAUUACAAGGGGAGUGUAAGUGGACAAAGAACUUAAUUGUCAAUGGCGCCUUGUUUUUAAGACUGUUUUUCAGAAACAAAUUGAGUCCCUUGGUGUGAAUGCCUCGAGCUGAUUCCAGCUAUGUCAGCUGGGACAGAAUAUUAUAUGCCAGAACAAUAACUAGGUUUUUUCCAAGUAUUUUCUCAACUGAACAAAAUUAACUCUCACUUUAAGUCUCAUAAUAGCACUUUCCUACCAACUGUGAAAAAAAUUCUAUUCUUGUUUCAUUUUUUUUUGGUUUUUUUAAAUGUUCAAGUAUGUUUUUAGUAUGUCAUUUAUGUUGUGUUUUUAUCAGGGUUGAUAUAGGAUGUUGUGGGGGUGAUGCUUGUGUAAGUGUUGGUCUCAGCUCCAGUCACUGGAACAGACCAUUUUUAAAUGAUUCUUGCUAAUGGUUUUUUUAUUUGUAUUUUUUAUUUUGCAUAGGUGACUGUGUUUUACAUACUGUUUGAAAUAAAACAGGUUUUAUCAUUUCUGUGUAUCCUUGCUGAGAAGAGUUAAUUUGUUAGUAAUUCAUGUUUUUUGGGGUUGUUCAUGUCAGGUGGGAGCACCGCUUAACGUU